GCAACUGAUAUCUCUAGUGUUUACUGUUGAUAACAACUUAAGUAUUGGCAGUCAUGGGCUUUCGAGAGAAAACUGAACUUGACACCGUAAAUCAAAGAAACACAAAGGAAUAUAUUCCAGCCAUAGUUGUAAUUUCCAUUGUACUUUCAUCUGGACUUAUUCUGAAUUCAUUUGCAUCCUUGUUCUACGGGCGCCAGACACGAAAAUCAGCGUUUCAGAUAUUCGUCCUGUCACUUUCUGUGAACUUCUUAAUAACAAAUUUAGUUUUAUUACAUGACAUCGUUGAACUUUUUUAUUUUGUUCAAUAUGAAAGUGUCGCAGCAUGCAAGUUAUUUUAUGUUUUGAAGCACUGGUUUGUUGGGAACUCUCUAUUUUUUAUGGUCGCCAUUGGUUUUGACAGAUAUCGCACUGUGUGUUUUCCGUUUUCGAAAGCGUUAACGCUACGAACAGCAUGGUGUGUUAUUUUAGGAUUAUCAGUGUUUUCGCUUGGUAUUUCUGUAAGUCUUUUUUCAACAACAGACAUUGUUCGAAUGAAUAUAACAACAAGUCACAAUUCUACAAUCCACGGACACACCUGCACGUUUUCCGAGUCUGAAAAUCUGCAGACGUUGCGAGUGAUAAAUCAUUUUGUAGACGUAUCUUUACAUGGUAUUAUUUUAUCUUUAUUUGUGUUUUUCUACACAUUUAUUACACGGAAACUUAUCAUUACAAGAAAGAAAGUAAAAGGGAAUGUAAGCGGGAAGCUAAAAAUGGAAGUAUAUAAAAUCGGAUCAGCCGAGCACAGUGAAAUAACAAGCGACAUAUCUACGAAAUGUGAGGAGAUCAGCGAAGAACACCCUCAUGCCAACACUGACAUAAGUAUGGGAAACAGACACAAGGAACAGUCUACAAAACAAUUCAAUGAGAAAAUGACAAACACACCGUCUAACAACAAAAACCCUGGAUUGUUCAAUCUUGCAAAUAAGAAGAAUCAUGAUGAAAGGACGGAAAUAGUGAACAACGGCAACAUUGAAACGGGCGAAACAGGAGUUGGGCGGUCAAAAGAUACACUGAGCCGAAAGAAGAGAGCAAAAAACAAAUCAAGAUGGGAAAGAAGGAUAACAAUCAUGGCAACAGUCAAAACUGUUUCUUCCAUCGCUUGUUUUGUGCCUUUUUACGUUUCAAUGAUGAUAAUUACCCCGAAAUUACACGGAGAUGGUCUUGUGCUUGAUGUUGGAAGCAUUAUAGCUAGGCGAUCAUUCAUGCUAAACAGUGCUAUAAAUCCCAUUAUUAUGAUUAUAUUCAAUGAUGCAUUUAGACAAUAUUUGAAAGGAACCUUGCACAAAGUCACCUCAAAAUUUCGAGUAAGUUAUCGAAGUUUUAAAUGAAUCAUCUGACUUCAUUCGAGGUGUAAUUCAGUAGACAUUCUUGUUAAUUCGCCAUCAAUUUAAUGAAAUUCUAAUGUAAGAAAAUAAAAUAAACCUUUUCAUUUAUUAGUUUUUGUACAUUAUUAUUUUUAUGAUUAAGUCAUAUGCUGUAAUGAAGUUUGUGAACAUAAAUUUACCUACUUAUAUCUUUUCAAGUCAGGAGCUUUUGCUUCUCUUCUGUGAGGAAGCUAUUAAGCAAGCUAACGGAAGGUCAGUGAAUAUGAGAGCAUUUUUGUACUUUGUUUAAAAUUACAUCAUGACUAGUGGAACAAAUGAAAGGAUGUAAUUUACGUUUUACAUUUAUAUCAAUGUCACGGAUAUAUAUAUAUAUGUUCUCGCUAUAAGUUCUCUUUUCUUGUGCGCAUGAGUAAAGUUAAGCGUGACCGAAUUAAAGGCCCACGUGUCAACGUGCCACAGGUAAAAUGAAGGGGAAUGAAAUACAGUGUGGGUAUGAAAUAAUGAGUUUCUAGCAAAGAAAAAAUGACCUUGUGACAUUUAUUUUUGAACGAAUUUAAUAUUGACUCCAGGACAAGCAGAAAUUUACAAUAAUAUUUUCAGUCUUAGGUUUUCAGGGGUUUCCGUUUAACUCCUGUCAAAUAUUAUUAUAUAUAUAUAUCAUUAUAUGAUAUAAUAAAUAUCACACGUAUCGAUUGUAAGUUAUAUACAUUUAAAUACAACAGUUUACUGUUA